AUGAGGUCACCGCACGUCCUCGUAUUCUCAUAUCUACAAGGCAUUGUUUUGUCUUCUCUUAUAGAGCCGGAAAUCUGCCCACGGAGUCCCUUCCAGUUCUCUCUGGUGCCGCCAACACAUCUUGCCGAUGGGUUCUCCAGGCUCAGAGGAUUCCUCAGUCACUCCAAUACGGCCCAUCGCGAAAAUGAAAGCCCAGGAUUGCACGCAUUGGAGAAGGCUCACAGCUGCAGAGACCAGUAUUGUGUAUGGACUAGUGGGGAGGCAUCAUCUGUCGGAAUGUCUGUCGUGACUACUCGAGCAAACAGGAAACGGAUACUAGAGCGCUCUGCUUCAAGAACAGUGAGGUCAGAACUGCCUGCCAACUUUCGGACCACCGAGAUCCCCGGCAAAGGCAUCGGGAUGAUUGCCAACAGACGGAUUCGAAAGGGCGAGCCGAUCCUGACUGCUAAGCCCGCGGUUUUGGUCCACCGGAAACUGGUAGACGAACUCGACCUGGACGAUCAGUACUCUCUACUAGAUGUAGCGGUUUCUGAGCUACCCCCUAUGAGACGAGAGCAGUUUUUGGCCCAGGCCGGCGAGCUUGGCGGGCACAAGGUCAGCGAUAUAUUGUUCACAAACUCUUUCCAGGUGAUCCUUGGAGGGGAGGACGGCCAACACUUGGGCAAUUUCCCGGACGUUUCGCGCUUCAACCACGACUGCCGGCCGAACGUGGCUUUCUACAUUGACCAGAACUUGACACAUCACACCCACGCCAUCAAAGAAAUCCAGUCGGGCGAGGAACUGACGAUCUCGUACCUUGAUUCGUUCCGCGCCAGAUCAGUGCGUCAGGAACGAGCUCAUACCUCGUGGGGGUUUGCCUGCACUUGCUCGCAAUGCAGUCUCCCCCGAGAGGAAGCAGACGCGUCAGACGCCAGACUCUACAAAAUUUACCAGGUUGAGAACCAGCUGUCUGAUCUCAACAACGGGAAAAGCACGCCCGACAUGGUAGAGCAGCUCAUCGGCCUGUAUCGGGAAGAGAGACUCGACUUCAAGAUUGCGGAUGCGUACACUAUUGCAGCAUUGAAUUACAACCAGUUUGGCAUGGCGGACUUGGCGAGGAGAUAUGCGGAUCUAUCCCUAGAGCAGGGCCCACUGGAGCAUGGCACCCACGCCCCUGAUAUUGAGGUGAUGCGGGCUAUACUGGAGGAUGCAGAAGGUCAUUGGACCUACAACCGUCGGCCGUAUCGAGAAGUUGCCCCAGAUCAGGAUGAGCUAUAA